AGGGCAUCCGGGUUGCAGCCUCCGGGUCCCAGCGUGGGGCAGGUGUCCCUCAAGCUGGGAUUGCAGGGGCCCAGAAUGGGGAUCUGUUGUUUGGACCGCAGGGCUUGAUCAAGCUCCCAGGUGCCCAUCCUGCCCUGCCAAAGACCAAUUUUUAAUUCACAGCCUCUGGCCUAGAAGCAAAGAGCAGACAUGGUCCUUUGCCAGGAGAGCCAGGCAUUGUGCCUUACUAGAGUGGGUUGAAGCGCCUUGCAAGAGGCAGACACAGUAAAAAUAUCCUUUCCCCUCCUGUCCCGGGUCACAGCUCAUCAGAGGAUUGCAAAUUGUGGCAGCAGCAGCAGCGCAGGAUGCCAGCUGCCGCCCGCCAGCCAGCCUGCCUCUCUGGGCCUCUCUCUUCCCACUGAGCCAAACAUGUCGAGCCAGCACGGUCAUGCCCCCUUCUCCAGCAUCCAGUCCAUGGCUGAUCACCCGCAGAUCCUGCCAGACCUGAGCGUCCUGCAGAGGCGAAUCCCCCUGACCUUCCGGGACUCGGCCACGGCGCCGCUGCGCAAGCUUUCUGUCGACCUCAUCAAAACCUACAAGCACAUCAAUGAGGGGUCCUACGCCAAGAAGAAGCGGCGGGCGCAGCAGGUGCCCCCCGAGGACUCGAGCACCAAGAAGGAGCGCAAGGUGUACAACGAGGGCUACGACGACGACAACUACGACUACAUCGUCAAGAGCGAGGAGCGCUGGCUGGAGCGCUACGAGAUCGACUCGCUCAUUGGCAAGGGCUCCUUUGGCCAGGGGGUGAAGGCCUACGACCACCACGACCAGGAGUGGGUGGCCAUUAAGAUCAUCAAGAACAAGAAGGCGUUUCUGAACCAGGCCCAGAUCGAGCUGCGGCUGCUGGAGCUCAUGAACCAGCACGACACGGAGAUGAAGUACUACAUCGUGCACCUGAAGCGCCACUUCAUGUUCCGGAGCCACCUGUGCCUGGUCUUUGAGCUGCUCUCCUACAACCUGUACGACCUGUUGCGCAACACCAACUUCCGGGGCGUCUCGCUCAACCUCACCCGCAAGUUUGCCCAGCAGCUGUGCACGGCUCUGCUCUUCCUGGCCACGCCCGAGCUCAGCAUCAUCCACUGCGACCUCAAGCCCGAGAACAUCCUGCUCUGCAACCCCAAGCGCAGCGCCAUCAAGAUCGGGGGUGAGGGCGAUCAUCAACUUUGCCAGCUAGGCCAGCGUAUCUACCAGUACAUCCAGAGCCGCUUCUACCGCUCGCCGGAGGUGCUGCUCGGCAUGCCGUACGACCUGGCCAUCGACAUGUGGUCCCUGGGCUGCAUUCUGGUGGAGAUGCACACUGGGGAGCCACUCUUCAGCGGCUCCAAUGAGGCAGACCAGAUGAACAGGAUUGUGGAGGUGCUGGGGCUGCCGCCCCCCCACAUGCUGGAGCAGGCGCCCAAGGCCCGGAAGUACUUUGACAAGCUGCCCGAGGGGGGCUGGGCCCUCAAGAAGAACAAGGAGAUUAAAAAGGAGUACAAGGUGCCGGGCACACGGCGACUGCAUGAGGUGCUGGGGGUGGAGAGUGGGGGUCCUGGGGGGCGCCGAGCGGGCGAGCUGGGCCACUCGCCCUCCGACUACCUGAAGUUCAAGGACCUGGUGCUGCGCAUGCUGGACUACGAG